CAAAAAUAUCUAAUGGAUAACGUUUAAUGGCUAGGGAAAAGCUGGAAGUCUGGACCCGGUAUUGCUAACUAGCAAGGCAAUGAUAUUCAGCGCAUACCUCUCUCUAUCUCUCCCUAUUUCUUUCUUUCUUCCUUCUUUACUGUAUCCCAAUUGAAAAUUUAUAAAUCUGUUCACCCUUAUUGUUGAAUCAAAAGGGGAUCAUAUUACCUGAGUUCUUGUUCUUGGUAUUAUAUUCAUUAAUUAUAAAGAGAGAGAGAGAGAGAGAGAGAGAGAGAGAGAGAUGGCAGUAAGACCAUUAGUUUCAAAUACUCCAACUUUGAUCUGCUGCCAAAAGCCCUACUUUGAACCCAAGGAGAUGCUGCCUCAACCCAAUAUAACAAGCAGAAGAAGAAUAGGAACAGUACUAGCAGCAGUGGCUUCUGCUGUAAUUGCAAGGGAAGCAAUAUCAUUGAGACCAGAAGCUGCAUUUGGAUUCGACCUGAGAUUGGUAGCUCCUGAACCAACACUUGAAAUGGCAGAGAGUGGAAUCAGAGGCCAUGCAGAGUCUUUGUUAGGUAUUAAAGCUUUGCUGGAGUCUGAAUCUUGGCCUGAAGCUCAAAAGGAGCUGAGAAAGAGCUCAUCGAACUUGAAAAUUGACAUCUAUACCAUAAUCCAAAGUAAACCAGGAAAUGAAAGGCCCCAGUUGAGGAUGCUCUAUUUUGAUCUCUUCAAUAAUGUUACCAAACUUGAUUAUGCAGCAAGGAACAAAGAUGCCCAGCGUGUUUGGCAAUGCUAUGGAAACAUUGUUGCAGCCCUUGAUGAUAUUUUGGGAAGAAUAUAAUGACCAAAUUUUGCUUGUACUUUUCUACCAUUUUGGCAGGUGCAAUCACAAAGAACUUCUAUUCA